AUGGCCGUUCACAUCAACCAUGCACAGUUUCCCGGGGAUGUCCAAGUCAUUCGUGCGUUGUUCUUGGGCUACGCGACAUCGCUAGGAAUCGAUCUGACAUUCCAAUCCUUUGAAGAGGAGCUCGACUCGAUACCCGGCAAAUACGCCACCACUGAAGGAGGCGCCCUUCUGAUCGCACGUAAUUCAGAUCCAUUGAAUUCUCAUGACGACGCCCCUUCCAAUUUCAUCAGAUUAGGCUUGCCUGAUUCUAACGCGACUCCGCCCGGGACCAUCGGUUGCGUCGCACUCCGUCGUAGCUCGGACGGUUGGUGUGAAAUGAAGCGCCUCUAUGUUAUCCCUGAGGCGCGCGGUCUUCAACUUGGUGAUAGGCUAGUGGAGGCCAUUAUCGACCAAGCGAAAUCCCUGGGGUAUCGAGGAAUUCGCCUGAGACACUUUGCCGGAUAUGCUUGCGGCGCGACGGUUGUAUCGGAAGUAUGGAUUUGUUGA